GUCCAGUCACAUUAUUAUGACCACUUCCUACCAGAGUGGGGUCACGUGACGUGAGCUGGCUCAGUGGGUACAUAAGGUGUGGGGUAGGCUGCCUGCACACACAUCCCUCAUGGGUAAAAGGGGAGAUUUAUCCGAGUUCCAGAAAGGGAUGAUUAUUGGUUUUCGGGCCAAGGGCGGCAGUAUUUCUGAGACCGCGCAGUUUGUGAACUGUUCUCGCGCUGCCGUGGUGAAAGUGUACGGUGAGUGGAUAAACGGCACGCUUGUGAACAAGAGACGUGGAAACUGCGGAGCGCCACGUGCCAUCGAUGUGAAAGGCGAACGCCGGCUCCGAGGGUGCGUGAGGGAGGACGAGCACGCUACAGUGGAGCAGCUGACCGCCAGAAUGAACCAGGGGGCGACCCGGCGUGUGUCUAAGACUACGGUGCAGAGAACGCUGCUGCGUAUGGGGCUCCGGAGCAGCCGCGUGCUCACCGCUCCUCUCCUCACCAAGCUGCACCCGCAGAAAAAGCUCCAGUAUCGGACCUGGAUCGCGAGUCAUCGCACCCAAGAAAUCCCGAAUCAUCCACCAGCAGAAGCUGAAGAAGAACCUGGAAGUUCAGAUCCGAAAUAAGAUCGAGCAUGACGUCACCAUGAAAGCCGCUGCCAACAUGCCCAAGAAACUCGCCAUCCU